AUGGCUGCUGCCAACGCAGCCCUCCACCAGAACGAGGCUUUUUUAUCUCGAAGACACAUCGAAGGACUGAUCGCAGGCGGGAAAUCUAUAAUCAUUGUCAAUGGAAAUAUUCUAAAGGUCGAUCCAUGGCUCAAAUACCAUCCUGGGGGCGACAAGGCUAUACGGCAUAUGGUGGGCAGAGAUGCUACAGACGAAGUCACGGCGCUGCAUUCCCUGGAGGCCCAGAAGCAAAUGCAAAGGUACCGCAUUGGACGAAUUGAUGGCCGCUGGACCAACUUUGUGCCUCCGAUACAAGGUGGCAGGUUCCGUCCAGAAUGCGAGGAGGUCGCAAAUGGUGAGAGCGAGGAGGAUCUCUCUGGACAUCAGGCUCCGAGCUCUGACAUAUCGAGAGCACCAUCCCCAAUAUUUGAUACAGUGGAGCCGACGCCUCGCCGACGCAUCUAUUCGAAGAAUGACCCGCUGAUUUCUUCUGUAUCUUCUGUCUCCUCGCUCACAGAUCCUGAUGAUGGCAUGUCUUACCUGGAUGUCCAAACCAGGGAACAAAUUGAUCUAGAUAUUGCAAAGUAUCCAUCAUUGGAUUUCAACACCCAGGACGAGGUUAUCCGAAAAUAUCGUCUUCUAGACCAGCGACUCAGAGAAGAGCGUUUAUACGACUGCAAUUACACUGCCUACGCCAUCGAAGGCUGUCGAUACACAUUUCUGCUCUGCAUGAUGCUUCUUUUUCUUCGUCUGGGGUGGUAUGCUACCAGUGGCUUGUUUUUGGGCUGUCUCUGGCAUCAGUUGGUUUUUACUGUGCAUGAUGCAGGGCACAUGGGUAUUACACACAACUUUCACGUCGACACAACGAUCGGAAUCAUCAUCGCUGAUUUCAUAGGGGGACUGUCCGUGGGCUGGUGGAAGAGAAACCACAAUGUCCAUCACAUCGUCACAAAUUCCCCGGAACACGACCCUGAUAUUGAGCAUCUACCUUUCUUUGCAAUCUCACAUCGGUUCUUAGAAUCACUCACGUCGUCCUUCUACGAGCGUCUUAUGACCUACGAUGCUUUUGCCAAAUUUAUACUUCCAUACCAAGCAUAUCUAUACUAUCCCAUCCUCACGUUUGGACGUUUCAACUUAUAUUUUCUGUCCUGGGAAUAUCUUAUACGUGGUCUUGGUCCUAAGAAAGGUCCUGCAUGGUGGCACAGGUGGCUGGAGCUUACCGGACAGGUCUUCUUCUGGUAUUGGUUUGGGUACAUUAUCAUGUACAGGACUAUUCCGACAGCCUCGGCACGUUUAUCUUUCCUCAUGGUUAGCCACAUGAUAACCAUGCCUUUGCAUGUUCAGAUCACCCUUUCUCACUUUGCUAUGAGCACUGCAGAACUCGGCCCGCACGAAUCAUUUCCACAGAAGAUGCUGCGCACUACUAUGGACGUUGACUGUCCUCAGUGGUUAGAUUUCUUCCAUGGAGGGCUUCAAUUUCAAGCUGUUCAUCAUUUGUUCCCAAGAAUGCCAAGGCAUAAUCUUAGACGAGCCCAGAAACUUGUACAGGAGUUUUGCGUCGAUGUUAAUAUCCCAUAUGCUUUGUAUGGGUUCGUAGACGGGAGUAAACAAGUCAUUGGGAGACUCGGCGAGGUCGGAAGACAGGCGGCAAUCCUUGCGAAAUGCCAACGAGUAACUGCUGAGAAAGGAGAUAUUCUACAUGGGCACUGA